AUGUCGUAUACUGGCUCAGGUGGUGGAGGAGAUGAGCUCUGUAUAACCAUCGGUGGCGACGAGGGAGGCUGGCCAGAAUGCGCUGACUUCUUAGGCACUGGCGGAGCCCUCUUCUUCUUCGUAACACCUGCCCUAGAUGGCGUUUUCUGCGUAGUUUUUAGGGCACUCUUUGCAGGCAGCUUGAGCUUCAGUUUCGUAACUCGGGUGGAUGGAGAUGGCGGAGGAGAUACGCGGGCGGCAGCGGCUCGAGUAGACGUCGUACGGGUGCAUUUUGGAGCCAUCUGCAACACCAUAAGUAGCUUCAAGUUUGACCUAGUUCUAGUAGAUAUCCUCUCUGGCUUCAAAGCCUGCAGCCUCUAUCCUUUCCAGCCUGACAUCAUCCUCGAUCGUUUCAGCAACCCUGAGGCUGAGAGACCUUCAUCUAGUGAGAGCUCAAGGUCAGUCCUCAUAGCUGAGGAUUGGAGGAAGGUUUCUAAGAUCCUGAGAGCAGUAGUUGACGAUGUGUAUAAUUCUAAGGCCCAGCAGCUCUCACAGACGAUCCACUCGCUAUCGACCCAGAAUAUACUGUUGAAAUUGGAGGUUCAAGGCCUGAAGAAAGUGCUAGUUAAUGAGAAGAAGUGGCAGCAGCGAGGCAAAGUGCUCCAGCUUGAACUACCUCCAAAUCAGGAUGGUGGUGCGAUCUUUUGGAGCCCAAACAAGGUGCAGAUAGCACCUAGGGCAGAGAGACUCCAAAAACAGGAGGAUAUCCAGCGCAGGGCAAUUGAGAAAGCUGAGAAGCAACAGGCUUUGGAGGAGAGGCGUCGUAUGAAGGCUACUACAAAGAAGAUUCGGCUUCAAGAGCAGGCACGGAGACAGCAGGAAAAGGAGGACAGCAGACAUGACCGGCUUGCUGCUGCGCAGCUCCAAAAGGACAUCCAGUCUGCUAAGCAGGCUCAAAAAGCAAGGAAACAGUAG